AUGAGGACCGCUGGGCUAGAAAAGACUUUGAAACAGUGGCGCCAGGAGGUUCGAGAAGAAAGGGCUAAGGCAGAUCAAUGGGAAAAGAAAUUUCAGGAGGUUCAAGCUCGGAAUGAAGCCUUAGAAAGAAGUUUGUCAGAGAGUAAGAAUGAAAAAGAUGAAUUAAGAGCCAGAGUGGCGGAACUUGAGAGAUCUCUGAGUUUAUACCGAAAUCGUAAUUCUGUGACAGAGUUGAAAGCAAGCUUAAGUAAGAUCAAGGAGAUGAAAGGGAAAAUAGAAGAGUUAGAGACGGCCUUGCAGAGUUGUGAAAUGAGGAUUGAGUUCUUGGAGGCAAACGAGGAGCAAUGGAAGAAUCAACUUCAUCAUUCUCAAGACCAGGUGAGAAACAGGGACUACAUCAUGGGAGAAGCUGUAACGCAAAUACGAGAAGUAGCUGACUACUUGUAG